CUCUCGACUAGGGACAUGCGCAGCGAACCACGGAACGACAGGUGCGCGCCGCGCCGACAACCGCGAAUCGCUUAGUUUCGGGUAAGCGCAUGAUUCGUUUCUGCCGCUCUGUUCUCACUUCGAGACAAGCCGACCCGCCAGUCGCUCGCGACUCUGUCUCUGAUUCGGUUGUUCGCUCUCGCUAAUCUCGUGUCAUCAACGUUUUCUCUUCUGGUCCUCUUAUGAAACCAUCGACAACCGGAAGAAAGAUUGUCCGUUGGUGACGAUCGCACGAUCGUGGAUUCUCUCACUGUGGAGAGGAUCAUCUGCUAGAUCCCAUCAGCUGUCAACGCCCUGAAACAAGGAGGAGGACCCAUCAGCGCUUAUCGAGAGCGCACGUGUUCUUUCCCUUGUUUGCUUCCUGUCAGUCUUCCUCCUUCGUUGACAGACACAAUUUCUCUUUGAAAGGUGAUGAACGUGUUAUCCGGUUUUUCUCCUCGUUCGGACAUUCGUCGCGCGUUACGUUCACCCCGAUUACCAAUUUAAUAAGGCAAUUUUCUUCUUGAGAUCAUUGAAUCGCGGGGGUGCCGUUAAAAGUAUAUUAAUCGUGCUAAUAAAACAGUGAGUUUUUCUCGCCGAUUUCAUCAAUUCAACGGUGAUUGUGAAUUACUGUGAUUAUCUUGGUGAACGCGUACGAUGCUCUUGAUGAAUGUGGUGCUCUAGGAAAGUUUAGACACGUCGGUAUUCCGGCAUCCCAGGUGGAUCCCUCUCGAUCAUGCACCGAGGACAGGAUCUCUUCCGCACAAGUGUGGGAAUGCGAGCAACCGCGGCGGUCGUCUUCCUGUUUCUCUGCGGAUUCAUCGUCCUACGCAGAGUCGAGGGGAGCGAAGCGUGGUUGAAAACCGUGAAGCUUGCUGAGCUCGGAACAGAGAUUUUACUGCCCUGUGUCCUGAAAUCACCACAGUGUGACGGUCUGCACAGCAUCAAGUGGUACCACGGAUCCACGAGGAUUUUCAUUUUCAGUGAAGAUGCCGGGGUUAUACGCGGCAAUAACGACAUUGCUGCCAGAGCGGACAUAGAGUAUUCGUCGAAUUCAUCUAGAUCGUAUUUGAAGCUAUCCGAAAUUCAACUGAACAACGAGGGUCUGUACAAGUGCGAGGCUACGUAUAUGGCGGUCAACCGCGAAUGCAACAACGUGCAGCACGUUCUUCUUAACGUCACAGUGCAACCAGCGUUUGUACGUGUCAUCGAUGAAAAUUCCAAAAAUACUUUGAGCACUGGCGCCACUUUAGGACCUAUAAAUGAGGGCUCGACAAUAUCAUUGUACUGCGAGAGUGGAGAAGGCAAACCUGUACCUACGGUUGAGUGGUUUAAAGAUGACGAGCUACUCGAAGCAACGAACUCGAGGACUGUCACCGAUACCGGAAUUGGUACUGGCAGUAGUUUACUGGAGAUGCAAAUUACACGAGAAGAGUUAGGCGCAACUUUCACGUGUAAAGUCAACAAUAUUGCACUCGUGGAACCACUAACAGUUGACAUUAACCUAGACAUACAUGUGCGUCCGUUGAAGAUGGAUUUGGAGGGAGUGGUCGGUCACGUUGUGCAGGGUACGAAGAUUUUAUUGCAAUGUAAGGUACAGGCCGCACGACCCGCUGCUAAUGUGACAUGGAAGAACGGAACGCACCUUUUAAGCGAGAGCAAUGAGAGAUUCGAAAUGUUCGAAACAAAAAUACACGAAAAUGAGGAUGGUACGUUCGAGACGAUAAGUUAUCUCGCGUUUACAGCAUCGGUAUACGACAACGGCAAGACGUUCAAGUGUUACGCUGAGAAUUCAGUUACACGUACCGAAGAUCUAAAACCAAUGAAGGAAGCAACAACGAUCGAAGUGUUAUAUCCGCCAAUAAUUAAAAUGAAGCCAAACAACAUAACCGUUAACGAGACAGACGAUUUUUUAAUAUUCUGCGAUUAUGAGGCAAAUCCGGCUACGCUACUAAAGGUGACGUGGUUACGAGACGACGAUGAAUUAGUGUUAAACGAAGAACAUUACGAUGGUGGAAUCACGGAACAAACAGCACUCACAGUGAAAAACGCGACUCCUAGCGACAUGGGUUCUUACAAAUGCAUCCUGGAAAACAACGCCGGUCCAACCGUUUCCGAGGCUACCGUGCAGGUUUCAGUCUUUUAUAAGCCAGUGGUGGAAGUGAUAAUGGAUCCGGAAACACCUGUGAACGAGGCGGAUCGUCAGAAUGUUUCGCUAACGUGCGAGGUCGACGCCGGUAAUCCGGCGAUACUGACAGCCGUCCGUUGGUAUUUGGACGGAGACCUAUUGAAAGAACUUCCGGAUUGCUCGAGGAAUAGCACUGCCAUGACAAGCUCCGAGGAAUCAUUGGCAUUCUGUGACAUCGAUCCCAGCAAAUUGCUGCUGGAAUCUGUCGGCCGCACCUUCCACGGCAACUAUUCCUGCGAGGGGAAAAACGAUGCUGGUUGGGGACCGAACUCCCCGAGCACGUCUGUCAUAGUUUAUUAUAAGCCCGGCCCGGCGUCGAUAACGUAUGAACCUCGGCAAGUGGUGAAGAAACAAGCAUUAUCCAUCACUUGUUUCGUUUUGGAUCCCGGUCGACCGAGGGUGGCAGGCUUCAAGUGGUUGCGCGGCUGGCACCGACUUCCAGACGAGAACGAAGCCACACUCUUCAUCGAGUCAGUUAAUUUGGAAACCGAGGCGAAUUUCACAUGUCUGGCUUACAAUGAAGCUGGUGAUGGAGAACCAGCCACAACGUUUAUCGACGUAUCUGUGGCCCCGACGUUCAUUAAGAAACUCCAUUCGUAUCGCGGCUACGUCUAUAACGCGCCUAACGUGAGCAUCAUGUGUUGGGUCGAAUGCGCUCCGAUCUGCACUAUUUCCUGGCUGAGAGAUGACAUUCCCAUGAACUUCACGAAAACGAAUCGAUACUACGUGUCGAACGUUUAUCAUCCGCCUGACCCAAGGACCGACGACUUCGAGAGCAUCCAAUCGACUCUCAUAUGGAAUCUGACGGUCUGGCCGAACGGUCAGCUCGACCGUGCUGAGGAUAACGUCAAAUUUACCUGCAAGAGCAGCAGCAACGGAAUCGGUCCGGGCGUGGAGAGUUUUACCCACUUUCAUGUCGAGUUUCCCCCAGAGGAUAUUACAGUAUCGAAGAAGAUAAUCGAUGUGAUAGUGGAUACGAUACCGGAAACCGUUGAGUGCAACGCGAAAGCGCGACCAAAACCAAACUUCCGGUGGUUCCGCGAAGGAUCCACUGAUAUCAUUAUGGAAGGUCACGUGUUUGACUUGAAAAUGCCAAUACCACGGCGCAGUAGUGGCACUUACUAUUGUGAGACAUGGAAUCGUCACGGCUCCUUGAAUAUCUCAUUUAUCAUGAAUGUGCAAUUUAAACCAGAAUGUCACAUAGAAAAAGAACGAUUCGAGGGCCAGGAUUAUGUCGUUUGCUCAGCCGUCGCCAAUCCGAAAGAGACGGAUUUCACUUGGUCAUUGAAGAACGAAAACGAUUCGCUGGAGCAAGUCGCACAAAUACGAAACGGAAAAAGUUACAUGCUGCUCGAUACCUCAGUCACUAACUUCCGGACGUACGUGUGCGUGGCAAACAACACAAUCGGCCAUUCCGUAGCGUGUGAACGCGAUAUACCAGCCCACCAUGGAGUUAAACGACAUAUACCUUGGUGGCAUCGAUUGGACGGUAAUCUGCUACUGAUUAUUAUCGUAAUGACGGUGGUCAUGAUACUAGUCCUAAUACUGAUCUGCGUGGCCAUUUAUAUCGUGUGCCGACGAAAACGCAGCCAAUUGAAAUAUCCCAAUCAAGCCGCGAAUAACAAUCAUGUGAACAGCGUGUCGGAAGUUCUUCCCGACUCCGGGACAAAGACGUUCUACGAAAAUUUACCUUUCCACGGGAUCCAAGCGCCACCUAACAAGUUGGUUACUCCUAAGUUUGCCCGAGUUUCGGCUUUGCAUGGCACGUUGCAUUCCAUCACGACCUCGCCGUGUUCCUCGCGGCCACCCAGCAGAGCUGUCAGUCUGUGCGAUGGCAGUUCCGGUUAUGAGUCGACCAUGAGCCACCUAGGCCCCCACUACAACAUUUACAAUGUGCCCAGGAGCAAUUCGCCAGUGCUUAAAUACAACACAUUGAAACCACGGCGGCGCAAACAGAAGCACUCGCAACAAUUCUAUUCACUGCGGCUGUGUCGUCGGCACGAAAACAUCCGCAGGAAAUACGAGCUAUAUGCGAUACCGAUCUAUAAGACGUGCCCGCACAGGAGCGACAGCACGACCACAAUCGCGACGAUCGUCCGGUCGAUGGAGGAUACGCCGUCCUUGACCCACAGCCAGUCGUCGGCAUCGAUCAGCCUGAUGAGCCGAUCGGCGCCGUCGACGCCGAUACCGCCAUCAUCGACGACGCCGCCGGUACCAGCACCGAGGAUGUCUAAAAAAACUGAUCCAUCCAAACACACCUACCAAAAUGUCCCUCCCCCCGUUUUUCCGCCGAAAAACGCUUCGUUGCCUAAGCUUAAGCCCUUCAAGCCGGAAUUCUCGGAUCUCGAUUACGCGGACGUGGACUACAAGUCGUACGGGCCGAUUAACUAUAAAGCUGCCAGUAUCGCGCUCCUUCAAAAGCAACAGCAGCAGCAGCAGCAACAACAAAAACAACAACAAAAACAACAGCUGCAACAGCAACGACUUUUGGAUAGGAGACCGCAGAUGUACGGUACUUCGGACGAUAACGAGGAACUGCUUUAACCCUUUCCCGUUCACUUUUUAUUUAAUAGCGAUUCUACUUCAGCUUUCUCGGGGAGAUGCAAUGAUAAGAUACAUUUAAUGAGUGAGAUAUAUCUCGAUAGACAGCUCGUUAAAACUCGCUAAAUUCGAUUUCUAUGAGACACACGUUACCAUAAUAAAUUUGUAGGAUUAUGAUUCUCGUGUGGAACGAAUUUAACGAGUUACGACUCUGUGCUGCAUAAUGCGUUUGUUCGUACAGACGUAAUUGGCACAAAAAAAUUUUUUCGGUGAAAAUUAAUUAUCCGCUGAAAACUUCUAUCUGAAAAUUCAAAAGGUUUAAAUAAAGCGCUUGUCUUGAUAUUAUCGAAAUACCAAGAUCGAUGAUGUUAUCAGAAAAAAAUUGCAUGAAAAAAGUGCUAAGAUCUUAUUUACGUUUACUGUAACUCAAAAUUCGAUUUUCAUCAAAUUUGCAAAAUUUUUGGUUCCAUUACGAGUCUUUGCAUAAUUAAAAUGAAGGUAAUAGGAUUUGUUCGACAUGCAAAAAGCUAUAAAUCUUUUAUUACAGAUAGUCGAGAUGCACAAUCGCGUAUCUGCGAGUACGUUAAUGCAAUAUUUAAAUGCACUUCAAGAGAACGUCCAGGUACUAUCUGUACAGAUAUUGUACCUGUACAGGUAUUGUGUGUACAGAUAAAUGUAUACUAUAUAUUCUCUUUAUAUACGAUAAUUUAUGUUAUUACGCUGCUUCUAAUAUUUCAUAUCAUUUCAUGCCGUAUAUUUCAAAUUAGACUUUCUCAGAUGGGAUUAGAACUUUGGUUACACAUUUGAACGUUUGGGGGAAAGGUCGAUAAAUCACUCGUUCUCAUUCACUCGCACCGGACACACGACGAUGUACGAACGUCAUAGAACAUGUGACAAAAUUUUAAAACAUUUUUCGAUAUCUGUAAAUUUAUAAAUAUAUUUUUACGAGAUUAUUGAUACAAUGUACAUUUAUACAAGCUAUCGGUAUGUGUUCUGGGAUCAAAUUAUGGAAAUAACGCACGAACCGUUAAUAGAAAAAGGAAAUCUUAUUAAAUAUUAAAUUAAUAAGAAAAAAGAAAAACAUAUCGGAGCCAAAUAUAAUCCCCAUCUAUCUGUUCCAUAUUAUUGUUAUAUAAUUAUUCAUAAGCGGCGUUAGAAUAUAUAUUCUGUUACACAUAUUAUUCUCGAAUAUCUUCCUACAUGCGCGUUUGUAAAUUUGUAAUUACAAGAAUGACGAGUAGUUGUUUGUACAGAUCGACAGUAAACCACAUGUCCCCACUUAAUCGCGGACGCAGUCAAGUGAUUAUGUAUUCGAGAAUCUUGUAAAUAAUGUAUCCUUAUAUCCUUACAUUAUUAAUUAAUAUUAUCGACUUUCAUUAGCCACAGAAUAAUUCGUUACGAUAAUACGUUUCACCGAGUAUUGGUUACAUAAACCAACUCUGCGAUUGUUUGAAAAAUUGUGUUCAACUACCUUAUGCGAAAAAAUAUGUAUAUCCAGAC